GACUGUGCAGAUGUGGGUGGUUUUAGAUUGAGAGCAGCUCCAGUUAGCAGCCUUCAGACCAGCUUUGGACCAGCUUGUGAAUCUGGGUCGUGGUUAAUCACGUGACUCUGGCGACCACGUGUCAGAUUUAGAUGUCCUGGCUACCUGAGCUCUCUUCCAGAAACAUGAGUGAACUCCCGUUCUCCAACCGGUCCUCAGUGCUCAACCUGACGAACGGCAGCAGUACGAGUCACUGCGAUCACGUCGACAAGUCGGCCCACGUUUGCUUCCUGCUGGUCUACACUCUGAUGUUUCUGGUGGGUUUGCUCCUGAACGGCUUCACCCUGAAGGUUUACUUCUGUGGAGCUCAGCAGCCGGCGUCCAGCAGCGUGACCGUCUACAUGAAGAACCUGGCGGCCGCUGACUUCCUGAUCAGCCUCUGUCUACCGCUCCGAAUCGCCAACUACGCCAGCAGCUCCGUCGCCGUCCGCCGCCUCUACUGCAACUUUGGCGCCUCCGCCUUCUAUCUGAACAUGUACGCAAGCAUCCUGUUCAUGGGUUUCAUCGCCGCUAACAGGUAUCUGAAGAUCGUCCAUCCUAUAGGAACUCACGUCUUGCAGACGGUGCGAGCCGCCUACAUCAUCUCCACGGCGACCUGGGUUUUCCUCUUGGCCACGAUGAGCACCUACGUCACCCUGUCGCUCGUCACCCAGCAACCGUUAUCCUCCGUCCCCGUCGACGUGAGCUGUGAGGUCCUGCACAGCCAUCAGCUCAAAAUGUUCUACAGGUUCAUCCACGCCUGCUCCGCCGCCAUCUUCCUGCUCGUCCUCGUCUCCCUGGUCUACUUCUACUACAGCACCUCCCGCAGGCUGGCGCUGGCACUGCAGAGGCAGCCGGCGUCCUCCGGCUCCAAGAAGCUCGCCAAGUCACGCAAGAACAUGCUGGUGUUGGUUGGCGUCUUCUGCGUUUGCUUCGUCCCGUACCACCUGGUUCGCCUUCCCUACACGUUCCUGAAGGGGUGCUCGUUGAGCCAGGCGUUCUUCUACCUGAAGGAGCUGACCGUCAUGGUGUCGGUUCUCAACGUCUGCCUGGACCCGCUCAUCUAUUUCAUCUUCUGCAAGGCCUUCCGGGCCCAGCUGAGCCCGAGGAGGCUGUGCAGCACCAGGCAGGCCACAACGGGAGGAGCAAACGCUGAGAGGAGCAGCGACGGGCGGAUGAGCACCAUCAAAAUCAACAGGAAGACAUCACUCACCACGACGACAAAGCAGACCGGCGUCCUGUAGCCUAGAGCUAACAGACACCCAACCAGCUGAUAGGUUGGAUGUUUUACUUGUGCACUUUGGUGAAAUUUUCAGAUUGUAGCGGCUCAGUUUUAAAGCUAGUGAAGGUACUGGUAUUAUCUGAAACUAUAAAACCUGAUGAAUCCAUCGGUACCAACCAUGUUAUAUUAGCUUGUCAUGAAGGAGGUUAAAUAAC